AUGCCAGUUCUUGACAAAACUAUUGUACGUGUCUCUAUUGUGGCUACUGCUGCCACGGUGGGUGUUGUCUCUCUUGUGGCCGCUGCGAUAUCACUUCGAUUGACUCUAAAACACCGCAAACUACAUGCGGCAGCAGCAGCGAUGGAUAAAGAGACCGCGGAAGCCGCACGUAAAGGUAAGAACAGCACUGUACAUCUUCUUAUCGUACCACGAUGGCGAUUUGCCCCAAGUGUAUCUCCACCGUGUACAAAACUGGAAACAUUCCUGCGCCUAGCGAAGAUUCCAUACGAGGCGCAUGUUGUCUCCUCCACUAAAGUUUCUCCCACGGGAUGUUUACCAUGCAUUAUACACAACGGCAAACGUAUGGCGGAGUCUAAUGUUAUUAUAGAUUACAUCACCGCCCAGUUUCGCGUUAAACUCGAUAAACACCUCACAGAAGAACAACGGGCAUUGGGUACGGCUGUUGGAAGUAUGUUGGAAUACGGAGAUCGAUUCGCCUACUACCGCACCAUUACUGGAGAAGGCGCAAAGUUGUUAAUUCCACAUGUUGCACGUGCCUUACGAGUACCGCAGUUAAUCGCGCGUAUUAUUGUUUAUCGCAUGCGGGCCCGACUCACCCGCUCCGCACAGUUGGCGGGAAUUGAUACAUCAACGGAGGAAUCUGAGCAGGAGUACCUGCAGGAUAUAAAAACAAUAGAACACAUCAUUGGAGAGAAAUCAUUUCUAUUGGGAGAUGAGCCAACCUCGUAUGAUUGUGCCGUCUACGCCGCAUUUCUACCCAUUGUUCAUAUGGAUGUGGCAGAGAAGGUGAGUAAACCUUUUGCGUACAUAAAGCACAGUAAAGUUCUCACAAGUUAUGUGGAUCGAAUGACAGAGGCUACUUUUCCAGAUCUCACUAAGCUCCUGGAAGGACAGUAA